AUGAAACAUUAUAAGUUGAAUAAUAAAAUAGAGAUUUUGAAUGAUGAUGGUGUAAUAGUGGCUUCAGAAUUUCGUAAAGUAGCCUUUGUUCUUGAUGAACAAUAUGUUGUGGGUAAAGUUAUGAUUGAAAUUUUGCUGUUGAAUGAUAGUUAUACGCGUGAGGUCACCAUAAAAAAGGAGAAAGAUAAUGGGGUAAUCAUCAAAACAGGACCAAGGGUAACCAAAGAGGAAGUUCCCAUAAUCAAAACGGAGCCUAAGAAAUUGUUGAAGGCCCCUAGAAUUCCUUUGAAACAUACCAUCAAACCAAUGACAGCUGGAUUGUCAAAAGUUUCCAAUUCUUCCCCUAAUUCAAUUAAAAAGGAAAGUUUUCCUAAAAACGUUGAAAACAAUGUUAAAGCAAAACAAGAAACCCCACAAUUGAAAUUCAAAAUCGUUGAACCUUUAAUAAGAAGAAUACCCCCAAAAUCAGCAUAA